AUGGCGGAUGCAAUUGCUGGUCCGAAAGACAUUACCACAAUAUUCAAACGUUUGAAAUCUCAACCCGACAAUAAGGUUAAGAUUUAACUUUGUGGUUAUUUUAUUCUAUUGUUUAGCUCCUUUUCGCUUGAGUCUAAAAGUUUCUUUUCCUUUUCAGACGUGCUUUGAUUGCGGACACAACAAUCCAACAUGGGCAUCAGUAACUUACGGAGUAUUUCUAUGUAUCGACUGCUCCGCUGUUCACCGAUCACUUGGUGUUCACUUAACCUUUAUUAGGUAAAGAAAAAUAUAUUACGUUACUUUUCAACAGAUUCUCUUUUCACAGGGGAGUAAUCCUCCUAAGAAAACAAAGCGGAAUGAUCGUCAUACGGAGAUCUUCGAAACGACUUUUUUUUCAUGCGAAAUUCCUUUUCAAAUGAUUUGUUCAUUUGGUAACACGCUAUGGAUUAGAUUUACAUGUUUAUUUCAUCUCGUCUUUCAUGUAUCAAAGAUCCACCCAAUUGGACACAAACUGGACAUGGCUACAACUGAGGGCAAUGCAAGUUGGCGGAAACGCAAAAGCGGUAAGAUAGUCGGAGGAGAAGGUUCUUGAUCAGUUGUGUCAGGGGGUGAUCCUGACUUGCUUUUAGACAUGACUAAUUAAGUUAUUCAAAGGUUUUUCCGUCUUUUUGUAGGUGGUUGGAUUUCUUUGGUAAAUCAGGGUUUUAAUAGUAGUUUCACAUGGCGUGAUUCAGCUGUUUUCGAAAAAAAAGUAGGGAAAUCAACCCCAGAUUAUUACGUGAUACAGUGUUGUGUGGUUCGAUUAUUAGCGUCGAUUACUUUGAUUGAGGUUGUGAUUAUAAGGGAUAAAAUCUCCUCUACAAGCACUUCACUUGAUUUACAUUUGUUAAGUGUAACACGGUUAUAACAAGUUUUUAGAAGCCGGUUGUAUAAAAGUUCAGUUUUAAAUUUUCAGUUUACAAAUUUAAUUCAUGAUCGGUUUUCCAAACGACCUGUUGACUAGUCACAGGGUUAAAUAUUAAUUUUCGCUUUUGCUUAUAAAUAGUUUUUGAUAGACUGGGUUAUUUGUUGAAGGGUAGAGUUUAAAAUAGUAAAUAACGUUGAAUGCUUACACAGACAAGGUCUUAUGUUGAUGAUAAAGUUUAUUUUGUCAUCGCAACACUUCAAGAAUUAAAAUCUUUAUCUUAACUUUAGUCAGUUUUACUUAAAUGGGUGCUCAAAGAAGAAAGCAGCAUUUGUAAGUCUUUUGAAUUGGAGAAAUCUACAGACAAUUUUUGACAACACCCACAACAAUAACUUGAAGAUAAAGUUUAUGAUGUUAAAAAUAUUGAACCACAGCAUUUGUAUAUGUGUAUCAAUGGCCAAACCAAAAUAGUCUCUCAACACUUUGUGUCAGAUUGCUUCACAAGAUAUGAAUGAAGUUUUUUUCAGUCAGAGCAGAUAUUGUCUCUGAGAGGCUUGAUUGUAUUUAGCUAUUUAGUAAUAUUGUUUUUAAAAAGUUUUCGGUGGUUCAGGAGUGUUAUCGAAAUUUGUUACAAUUGUGAUUAAACAAACAAGGCAAAAUGACCUUUUUGUUUUUAGUUAACCCCUGUCUGAGAGAAAGCCUGACUUAAUCUUUUCAGUGCAGUCAUAUGAGGGACAUGGCUCUCUACAAUGUUGUUCACAUUUAGAUAAUCAGGUCUUGGUAAAGCUAUUUUUUUAGGUAGUUUUGAUAUGGAUUUUGAAUUUUCUUCUAAAGAUGUUUAAUUUUGUUAUGCUUAGAAUGCCUUCUUCAGACAGCAUGGUCUCUCAACUGAAGACACAUCUGCUAAAUACAAAAGGUAAUUUAAAGAUAAAAGAAGAGUUUUCUGUUUGUUAAGAGAUGUGCAUUACUAAGCAACAAAUCAGCUUUUCCCUUUGUAGGGAGCCGUAUUGCAAAUGCAAAGUCAACAUCAAAAUGCAAAGGAACAUCUGGAGAAAUUCUCUUAAAGGAAAAAUCUUAGUGCACAUUUAAAUAUUUUAUGAAUUUAAUUUGGGUUGAAUUUUUGUUAAUUACACUGCAACUCUAAAGUAAGGUGGCAGUCCCUUGAAACUCAAUCGUUAAUCCUCAAUUCCCAAAAACUUUGAGGAUUGAGGCUUGUGUUGAGUUUCCAAAUGCUUGAAAUGAGUUCAGGGUCUCAAAACAAGGAAACAAAGAAAUUUUCAGCAAUUGAUUAUUAACAAAAGUUGAAGCUUCUUACCUUUUGUUGUACUCAUUGGAAAAAAAACCAAACAGCGUGCAUCAUUACAAAUGCAACAGAACUUCUCACAAAUUCUCUCUGAUGUUUCUUACAAUAACCUUGCGAAUUAUUACUUUCACAGUAUGCAUUAGUCAAAAGUCAAAAGAAACAGCUCGAGAUCUUCUCUCAAGGGGAAAAUCUAAACUCAUAUCUAGAUAUUUUGUAAAUUAAAUAUGAUUUGUAGAACUACUCGUCUACUUUACUCUUUCUCAACCACUGAAACUUAUCAACAUAGCAACAAGAAGUAAUUUUUCUCAUCAUCCUCUGUGAGCCAUUGACCAUUGAAACUUUUUUUGACCAUGAUUAUUGUCAGUGUUACAGAGUAUAUAUCAUCAUUUGUUAGUAAUAAGGUGUAUUUUAUACAUUUCAUGUAGGUUGUGAGCUGAUUGCAUCUGUGUUCACUAGGGGUAUGGUACGCUUAGUGACGUUGCUAGUCCUUUAGGUGACCACAUUGGGCAGCAAACUCAAAUCUGCAGUAUUUAAAAAGAAAUGAGGCAGAUCCUUGAUUUAAGUGCAUCUGUAUUCUUAUUUUUCAUUUGCAAAGCCGCGUGGCUGCGAUGUACAGGGAAAAGAUUGCAACAUUAGCAACGAAGGCCUUACAACAAUAUGGAACCCAGGUGAGGGAAAGUAUUUUUUAAAUGUCUCUGAGACAGGUUUUUAUGUUGUGCUAAUGUCUGCUUAAACUCUAUACACAUUCUUGUAAGUUUCAUGUACCUUUUCAUCCUACUUCAGGCACUUUUGGACAGUCACCAUGGACCCCAGUCACCCAACUCUCCUGAUCGUAAAGAACAAGAUUUCUUCAAGGAAGUAGAGAGUCAAUCUUUUCAACAGACAGUUAUGAUACCAACAAAUGGAAAGAAUGGAAACAACUCUGGUAAAUGAAAAUUGUGUAUUGACUUGGUAAAUGUGUAAUUAGCAAACAUGAUGAAACUGUUAAUUUCUUCUGUUACUUCAACUUGUUUAAUCUCUUUUGCUAGGAAAUGAUUUAAACAAGAACAUGGAAGAUCUCAGUGUCUCACCACCAAAGCAGCAAGGUUUGUGUGAUGUUUAUUACAUGUACUUCAGAUAUAGUGUAAUGUGUAUGUACUUAUCCUCUUCUAACAAAACCAGUCAACAGCUUGAUAACUCAAGCAAAAGCUUUGAGAAUACUCAUGGAUUUUAAUUGCACACAUUUAUGAAAUCUCAACAGUGGUUGGGUAGCAUGCAUUAAACUCCAAAGUACUGUAAGAUGUACAGGUCUGUAAAUAUACUUUUCCUUUUCAGAAACCCGUGUGCCUACAAUAGGAACAAGGAAGCCAGUUACAGCCAAAAAGAAAGGGGUGAGGUGUCCUUUUCAUGUCAUCACUUUUAUGUUGAAGAGUUACCACCAAAAUUGUGUCUGAGCAUUUUUAGUGAUCCUUUAGUUUCAUGCUACUACAAUGUGCUGCUGUUUGAAUAACAGCUGAAACCAACUUGAAGAUUCCCUUGGCUAUAAAUGAAUCCAGUUAAUAGGGUAAAGAGAUGUUCUUUGAUCACAGUUUGAAACAAAGUGAUGCACAUUUACACUGCAUAGUAGCUUACUUAGUGUCAAUUUUGUACUACUUGUUAUAAUGAAUUAGUUCAUGUAAAGUGUAUUCUAUAUUUUUUGACAAUUACAUUUUUUACUUUGCUUUUACCUUAAAGCUUGGAGCAAAGAAGGGCGGGUUAGGAGCAACAAAGGUUUGUUUCUUUAACACUUAUGUUUGUUAACUUGAUGUUAAACCAAAUCCUCAUAUGUGAUGUACAAUAAAUAAUGGAGUUAUUUAUCAGAUUAUUAGCGUUACUGGGUUAUACCCUCUUAGUGGAGGUCUGGAACCUCAAGAAAAGAUUUCUUUUGUCUGCACUUUUAAUAUAGAUUAAAAUUUUUGUUCCCAAAGGUGAAAACAAACUUUAAUGAACUGGAGUCAAAAGCCCAACAGCUGGACAAAGACAAGGAAAAAGCAGCUCUUAUGAAUGCCAAGGAAGCAGAAGCAGAGCUUAUUUCUCCAAACCUAGCAUACAACCCAGUCAACUUUAAGAAAGAGGAGGAUAAGCUGCGUCACUCUGAUCCCAAAAAGGCUGCUCAGCUGGAACGCCUUGGAAUGGGUGUCAGUGGAGGCAGGAAAGGGACAACAACUCCUGGUAGAGGUCACUCAGCAUCAGCUGCUAUGGCCACUGUUGAACAAGUGAAGCCUACUAAGACCCAGCCAUCUUUUGCUGACAAACUCAGAGUGUCUUCAAACUCUAAUAUGGAUUUCUUUGAUAGGUAAUAUCCAGAGAUGAUAAAUGUCCAAUUUCCCCCCACUAGCAGUUGAAACACUUUCAUUUCAUUUGGGUUGUUACACUGAUAGUAGUUGUUAACUAGGCCAGCAACAAUGAAUUGGUGCUGCAGCCAAAUGCAGGAUAAGUAAUGUUUGGGAAAUAAAAAGAUGUAAGUUAAAAACUAUAUGUUGUAGGUGAUCAUAAGAGUCAGCUUAUAUCCACUGUUGAAAAUGCAUCAAUUUAGUUUGGAAUAAAAGACUGAUGUACAUUAAUACAUACAUGUAGGUUUGAGCAGUUACACAUUGUUUCUCUUUACUGAGCUAAGACACUUUUCUUCUUCUAUAUGUAGCUAUGGAAUGGAUGGCACAAGUUUCACUGAACCGCCUCCACUGUAAGUAUUACAAUCAAUAAUCAAUUCAGUCAAUCAACAACUUGGAAAUAGCUUGCCUCCAACGAGUGUUAACUGGUAUUGGUUACAUUAUUUAAACUAUCACCAUAUCUUGGGUUGAGUUUUAUCUUAAUCUGUCCGUGCACUGAUAGGUUUCACAUAGGUUUGAGCCAGUUUUCCUCUACAAUAUACAUGUAUGUGCAAGAAAGCACAAUUAGUCUGAUCAGUAGCACAGUACAUAUGAACAAUAGCAUAACAUGCAAGAAAAAUACAAAAUAUUUAUAAAGGAAUCAAAAACCUCUUGAAACUCUUUACUUAGAGAAUAUAUUACAGUUCUUUCACUUAUUGCUUUAUUUUGGGACAUUUCGGUUAAUUUCCAGCAAUUUCUCUAUUACCCAUGAUGCAUUGCGACCCCACCCAUUUUCAUUUGCAUGAUCUCUUUCACGUGUACCAGGCUUGCUACAUAGCAAAAAGCUUCUAGAAGCUUCUAGGGUGGUUACAAAGCUGUUGUUUUUCCUUCGAUUGCACGUGGCCGAGUGAAAUGGCGGUCGAAGUGGUCGAGAGUUUUCAAGUGACGCGCGCUGUUUUCGCUUUCUUCCCUCAAUGUAACCUGAAACCCUGAACGAAAUGUUUCAAAACGUUUGGGAUUUAGAAAAACGCUUCUUGUUCCCUCAAUUUGUUAUAUUUUCUCGUGAAAAUGAGCAGUUAGCUUCGUUAUGAGAUGAGAAUGACACCGCAGGAAAUUAACAUGUUUGGUCCAACGCCGGCAGUACUGCGGAUGGCUUACAUUUGGCAUUGCAUCCUUUAUUUACGGAAAGACGCGGUAUGUUUCAUAGUGUUUGGGAAUCAAACAUUUGCUUCAUUCUCAAGAUUGAAAUACGCAAAGUCGCCAAAACUUUCAGGACUGGCUCUUCAGAAGAUGAGAAUUCCAUUGUAACAAGCUUUUUACUAUCACGGCAUUCUAUGCCGCCGAGGGGAAUACCUUUCUCCUGAUUUCAUGGACUGAAACAUGGAGCGUGAUGCUUGUACACUUGAACAAAAAGUGCUAUUUUUCUCUCUAAGGAUAGUCUGUCUUUCAAAUUUGUACAUAUACAUCUGAAAUCUCUGAUUUAUUGUGAUAUUUUAGGUGAUUUUUUCCGUUGAUAUCUUCUGCGAAAACACAAGAAAUUUUAAGAUAAUGAUAAUUUUGUGUAUGGGAAUGUUACGCGUGACGCCCUAAAUUAUGCAUAUUUUUUGGAAAAAUUAAAUUUGUAAAAAAAAAUGAGAAUUCAAUAAAAAUCCAUGAUAUUACGCAAAGUUGUAGAGUAUUAUGUCUUUUUUAUUUGUGCCAAGUCUCGGCAUUGUAGCUGGAAAAGUACGAGAGAUAUUUUUGUUUAUGUUUGCUUCUCUGUGUUUGUGCACGUGAACUGUGCUACUGAUCUCUACUCUGAAUCCUAAUUCUACCUUGAAACAGUUGUGGAAGAGCUUUUAAUUUGUGGAUGUGCCACUACCUAAUCUUAUUUGCAGAUCCUUUGUAGUUUAAUUAAACUAGUCCAAAAGUUGUGCAUGGUGUUGUCUGUGACAAGUACUAAUCACUAUUAUCACAAAAUGCAUAUUUCCCCCUUUUUGUUGGUCAAGAAUCAAGAGAGUGAGCAGCAAAGAGUUGUCUACUGAUGCAUAAUACUUUCUAACUGUGAUUAGCUCUUAUCAGUUUUCCUACUCCUGCAUGAUUUCUUUUUUUUUUGGCUUGUCCUUGAAAAAUGGUACAGUACAUUGUCUCCUUAAGCUCUUAGAGAGUUAUUUCCAUAAACUCUUAUAAACAACAAAGUUAUUUCAGUAAUGAGUUAUUUGCCUCAGCUUACAACUGAAAAAUCAUGAACUCUGCUGGACCUCAACAAUAGGUUGUUCUUUUCACUGUCUUUAACUGCAUUACCGUUUACUUUCUUCUCGGGAUUAGGUAUGAUAGUCCAUUUGGAUCAAGCUCUUGGGACAGAGGUCGAGAUAGGUAUGUUUAAUGUGAUUAGCAUGUUUUUACAUUGUAGCUCUUAUAAGAGGGUGCCUGGAUUAGAUAAAUGUUGUUUGCACACCUUGAGUAAUCCAAGAAUGGUUAUUAUGGUAACCAGUCACAUGAACAUCAACCCGCCAUUCAUAGUCUUCCUGUUACUACUGUGUGAUUACUCCCUCCUUUUUUUAAGUAAAAUGUAUUUCAAGUUGGAUUGGCUGAAAUGUUUUCAACACAAGAAUGUCCCAGAAAUACAUGUAGAUGUAUUUUCAGUGCUCAGGGUAUUCUGACUUUGAGAGUAAGACUCUUCAAGUUCCUCUACUAAUAGAUAUUUUACUGACCAUGAUUAUUACAGAGUAGAUGAAAAUGGUUAUUUUAUUGAAUGAAAUUUGUUGUUUUAUACAUAGCCUGGGCUGGUGAUUAUUUGUUCAUAAGUACUGUAAUUAGUUUGCAAAGUUAUUUACCAAUGUUGGGUUUUAACCUUACUUUAUUUGUCAUUUGCACUUAUCAGGGAUGAAAUAGGUUCAUCUUUCUCCAGUGAGAGGCGCUCCAGUCGUGAAGAGAGGUAAUUAUUUGUGAUUUUGAUUUGAUUUUCAUCUUCAUUUUGCCUCAUUACUGGAGCAUUCUAUAAUUGAUAUUUUCAAGUGCUAUGCAGAGGAAACUCUCGUAAGGCCACACCCUCUGAAUAAAGAAAAGUGACUAUGAUUGGAGCUGGCCCCCUCCAAGAGCCACUCUCAUACUGCUAAUUGUCAGGCUUCAUUUAGAGGUGUAAGCAAUAGAUGGUUGCUUACAGGAGCUCUUCCAGUUGGAGGGGUUACAUGCAGACAGGGCUUAGAAAUUCUUUGCCACUACAUUUGAUAAGAGGAACUCUUGCAAAUUUUAGUUAAAGUUUGGAACCUCAAACUCAAAUGUUUGUACUGUUUUUAUUAUAUUUUGCAGGGUAAACAGAAAGAGAGAUUCAGAGCCUGUGAAUGUGUCAUCAACAGGUAAAAAUUCUGAUUAUUUUACAUUGCUGUCAAUUGUUGACUGAGCAUUAUAUUGCUAACACGCAUCCUUAAUAUGUAGAUGAAGCCCAAAGAAAGUUUGGAAACUCUAAGAGCAUUUCAUCAACUCAGUUCUUUGGCAAUGACCAGGUACGAUGAAGUAAUGAUCUGUAAGAUGAAAUCCAUAAUGUUUUGGCAGAGUCAUUUCCAUAGUGCACCAUUGUGCAAUUUUGUGCUCAAGUUGGUCAUUAGAGACAUACUGUAAAUACACACUCUACACUAUGUUCAUUGCUUAGAAGUUGAACUUGGAGUAAAUGAGGUGUAUUCACAUAGCACCAAUUACCAUGUAAAUGUAGCCUCAGAACUGAGUGCUUCUAAAGCUUAUUGUGUGUGUCUUUGGUUUUCAUGGUAUUGUAGGAAGAAUAUGCUAUCAAGUCACGACUGGAUCGUUUUCAAGGAUCUAACAGUCUUUCAAGUGCAGACCUCUUUGGUGAUGAUGAUAGCAGACCUUCUCGGUCAAGUAAGAAAUUUUGUUGGGAUGACUAUUAGCAACAAAAUCAGUCUGCCAAAUUGACUGAGUAUUAUUUACUUUUGUUGAAAAACUAAGGGCAGACUUUGAGACUAUUGUCAUCAUGAGUUGCUAAAACUAACCUGGAAAUAUCUAUAUUUAAGCAUGCAAUAAUGUAAUUUAGAACUUACUUUCAUGUGUAAGGGUAUGUAUCACAGGAACUGGUAAAUAUUAAUUAUUUUUAAUACUGGAGAUCAUUUUGCUAUUAACUUGAAAGGGUUGCAGUUCAAUACUAUCCUUUCCUUGUGGUAAUACUCUUGAUUUUUUUGUCCAAAUUAAUCAUGGUAUGCAUUUUAUUUUUCCUUAUUCUUCACUCAGAUGCCUCUGGCAGUUUUUCAUCAGCAGAUCUUUCACAGCUGAAAGAGGGAGUUGCUAGAGUGACUGGAAAGGUAGGAAUACUAUCGAUGUUAAGAUACUGUAGCAUGUUAAAAGCCCCAUAACGAAAUAAAGAAAUUAAAACAGUGAUUAGUAAUUGAGAGAUUAGAAAGAUGAUAGGAGAAAGUGUCUACAAAUAAAUAGAUAUUGAAUGCUGAGUAAAUGAGUAUACCAGACAUAAUUGAUACCAAAUAAUGAUAAUAAUGAUGACAGUGAUACUAACAAUAGAGAUUAUAGAAGUAAAAGAGGAGUACCCUAAUAAUUACUUAUUAAUUAGUUACUUGUCCUUUAAAAAUUUUGACAUUAAUUGUAGAAUUACCUGACAAUAAGUAUUUCUGUUUGCUGUGACAUUAUUCUGAUUCUUGUUACAGUUGUCAAGUAUGGCCUCAGGAAUGAUAGGAACAAUACAGGUAAAUGUUGCAAUUAGUUCUCAAUAUAUAUGCAUUACUGACCAAGUGUGAGGUCAAGAUGGCUCUUCUUUUGAGUUUUUAUGGUCCAAGAAAAGUUGAGGUCUCUUAAAACAAAUACACAAAAAGAAUGAGGCUAAUAUUCAGAAAUCUUGACCAAACAAGCAUGGUCAGUGAAGGACUUCAUGUUCAACAUGAAGAUUUUGCUUUCAUUAAUAAGAAUCAAGAAUGAUGUGUUUAUUUUCAAGUAUUGGGAAACAAAGCCUGCUGGUGGGAAUGGCACGUGCUUAUUUCUUAUUUGACAAAUUGAAAAGUAACAUGAUUUUAUAGGGUUACAAUGUGAUGACUAAAUGUCAAAAAUUUUAAUGGAAUUAAAAAAGCUACUCAAUCUUUCACAAUAAUUUUUUUUCCUGCUUAGUCUAAUCAUUUGCAUCAGUAAAACAGAGCAUUGUCUUUCUUUUGUUUGAAAUAGAACAAGGACCACAUGUUAAGUCAGUGAUGAAAAUUUUAACUUUUCUUUUCUUUCAUUUUUCAGAAUCGUUACAGUGGGUCCAGUUGAAGAUUGUUUCAAGCUUUUGCAAUUAACUAGGGGAAUUUAUCAUCUUUGGUAAUAAUCUUACCAAAGGAUGAUAGAAUUGGAAAAGUCACAAAGGCAGAAUCCUUCCUUUUUGAUAGAGUAUUUAUUUCAUUUUAUUCUUUUCCUUUGGUUGGGGAGUUCUUGAAUGAUAAUUAGAUUCUCUCAAAAUGGUCUAUACUAAGUGUAAUUUGAUGACUCUCUGGAAGAAAUCUGUUUUUGAUGAGUUACAUGAUUGUGGGAUUGCAAUCCUUGCAAUUAUCUGUUACAAGAAACAAACUUCAGAAUAAUUUUAAAUGAAAAUUGCUUUAUUAAAUUCCCUUGUGGUAAGAACUUUAUUAUAAAGGCAGAUUGAGUUGAAUGAUAAAACAGCAUUGUGAAGAUUUCUAGAAACUGUUUCUUUCAGAAGCAAAUAAUUUGAUACCGCCUUAUGGUGUAAUUUAGAUUAAGAUGUUACCCAGGGAGGAAAAUAAAAUGAAAGGAAAAAACUAUUUUAACUAUUCACAUAGCUCUUUAGUUAUAGAAAACUGUUCAGAAAGUCAAAUUAGCGUUUUAGCAAUACAUAAAAUAAAAUUGAAAUGACAGUGUAAUUGUAAUAUUCAUUGCAUUUUAAGUUGAUGGUACUCUCAAAAUAAGUUUAAUCUUUUUCUCAAAUUCAUUGUCAAUGAGAACCCAGUCACACCAACUGAACUUGUUUUGAAAAAGGAGUUAGUCAAAAAUAGCAUACAAACUGAAAGUAUUCUAAUACAUAUUCUAUAAAUAAAAUUCAUGCACCAUACAGACUUGUUUAAUUCCUAACAUUUAACAUCUCAAUCAGGUUUUUAAGAUGCAUGGGAUAGUGUUUGAUCAAAUCAUAUAAAUUGUUCACAUGUUUAUUGUCGAUUAGCCUGUGCAAGACUCCCAGUUUGGUGAAGAAGUUCAAUCCAGGCAGCAAACAAGACAGGUGAUCUCCACAACCCUCUCCCAGAAGUGUGCCAAUUUUCAAUAUUCCAUGUUUUUGGCUAGUUUUAAUUGAAUGAGAGCCUUGUACAGGGUAAUUAUUUGAUUUUGACCAGUUUUUCACAUUACAAAACAGGUUUUGGUUACAAAACUGUUUGCAUCCAUCACUGGGUUACAGGAAUUGAUAACUUAGAAGUACAGCAUGUACAUGAAUGAGUUCAAGACAUUUUCUUGAUAAUUUACCUUUCUCUAGUUUGCAUCGGUAUGUGCUUUAUUUAGCUUAGCAAAUUAGCAAGUAAAUGUUUGGCAAAAAUAGAUUAUAAUAAGAAAGAAUAUUUUUCAAAUUUAAAGGUAUUGUGUGUGUAUGGAGGGAUCUCUUUCACUUGUUUUGUUCUUAAAACUUAUAGUAGUGUUUCCAUUUAAAGAAAAUACUACUAUGAGACUUGUUACAUCUCACCUUGAUGCACAUAACAACAUGACUUUUUAAUUCAGUAAAGUGCUGUGAUUGGAGAGCUAGGUGAAAUUCUGUUUUCAUGUCUCCUUUCAGGAUGCGUGCUCAUCCUGCUAUGGCAGUGUUACUG